UUUUUAUUAUUUUUAUUCAUCAAGAUGAGUAGUUCCGAUAUUAGGGAUAUCUUACAAAUUGAUGCUCCUACAGAGACAUCUCAAAGGAAACCAAAGCCUACUGCUGAAAAAAGACCUGAAGGCAUUAGUCGGGAAUUAUAUUCAUUAAUUGGUGGUGCACCACCUAUUGCGUUCAUUAAACCAACAUUUAAAGCUAAAUAUCAGACAAAGAAGAAAGCUACGCCAUGGAUAUUACAACCAUUCACAAAUCCAGCUAGAGCUGAUGAUUUAGAAUUAAAACACUGGAUUAAAGCGAGUGAAGUAGACAACCAUGAUUAUCAUUUUGCCAAAUUUAAUAAAGUAAUUGACAUUAUUGAUUACACAGAUGAGGAUUAUGAAAAGUAUUUAACAGAUACGGAUUGGAGUAAAGAAGAAACUGAUUAUUUAUUCGAUUUAUGCCGCAAAUACGAUUUACGAUUUCCAGUGAUUGAAGAUCGCUAUAGCUUUGAAUCAAAGACUAGAACGAUGGAAGACCUAAAAGAUCGAUUUUAUUCAGUUAAUCGUAAAUUAAUAUUACAAGGGAAAGGUCCUAUUUCAGGCGAUUAUAUACCAGAUCGACACUCAUUAGCACAACAAUAUGCUUAUGAUAAAUCAAAAGAAGUAGAACGAAAGAAUGCCCUCAUUAUGUUAUUUAAUCGUACAAAGGAACAAAUUGAAGAAGAAGAAGCCUUAUUUGUGGAAGCAAAACGUAUUGAAAUGAAUGAAGCAAGACUUUCUAAGGAAAGAGAGAGUUUAUUAAAUUCACUUCAGUUGGAACAAAUUCCUUCUACACCCAGUACACCAUUAAAUGCGUCAUUGAACAGCCCUACUAGUGGUGGAAUUUUGGCAUCACCCGGAGGCAUCGGAAUUACGGGUGGCACAACUAGUAUUUCGUCAGAAUUAAAGAAAAAGAAGAAGUCAAAUAGUAUUCAUGAUGACAGUAAAAAAGCACCCGAAAUUCAUGAAAAUAAGAAAGAGAAACUUACACCAGGAGUUUAUAUUAGAAGUCAGAAGUUACCAAUUGUCAAACCUACUAUGCAAGCUAAAGUGAUUAAAGUAUUAGAUGAGAUGGGCAUAGGACCUAGACCUAUAAUGCCUACAAGUCAAAUCUGUCAAAAAUUUGAAAAUUUACAAAAUUCAAUCUUGAAUAUGUUUGACCUAAAGAAAGUAGUUGAUAAGACUGAAGUUGAGUACAAAGUUAAGGUACAAAAAGCAAGAGAUGGCACACCAACAGCAGGAAGAGUAAGUAUUUUAGUGAAUAUUUAUAUUCGAAUAUAAAUAU